CGUGUCCAGCGGGAGAUGGGCGGUGCAAAGAGGAGGGGCGGGGCCAAUGAGAAGGCGGGGCGGGGAGGAAGGCGGGCCAAUGAGGAGAGGCCGUGCGGAGGGCGGGGCGGACGCCGUUGCCAUGGCAACGCGCGCAGCGGCCUCAUGGCGGCUCGGCCCGGGCCAGGCCCGGCGCUGGCGCUGUCGCUGUUCCCGGUGCUGCUCGCGCUGCUCGUGGUGGCCGCCACCGCCCUUCCGAGCCCCGCCAAGCCCCGCGUCUACCUGAGCAGCUGGGCAGUGCGGGUGGCGGCGGGGCUGAGGGACGCCCGGGCCCUGGCCCGCCGGCACGGGCUGCUCUUCCUGGGCCAGGUGAUGGAGGGAGAGCCCUUUUAUCACUUCAGCCACCGCGGCACCAGGCAGAGAGCCCUGAGCAGGCACUGGGGGUGGCACAUGCGGCUCAGCAGGGACCCCCAGGUCCUGUGGUUCGAGCAGCAGACGCUGAAGAGGCGCUCCAAGAGAGGCACGGGCGUGGUGCCCACGGAUCCCUGGUUCCCCAAGCAGUGGUACAUGAACAACGACAUCCACCCUGACCUGAACAUCCUCACGGCCUGGAGCAGAGGCUACACGGGGCUGGGGGUGGUGCUGACUGUCCUGGAUGACGGGCUGGAGAAGGAUCAUCCCGACCUGGCUGCCAACUACGACCCGCUGGCAAGUUACGACUUCAACAGCAACGACCCCGAUCCCCAGCCCCGAUACAGCGACAGCGACAAGAACUGGCACGGGACACGCUGCGCAGGGGAAGUGGCAGCAGUGGCCAACAAUGGGAUCUGUGGUGCAGGCGUCGCCUACAACGCCAAAAUCGGAGGUGUGAGGAUGCUGGACGGCUCCAUCACGGACAUCGUGGAGGCCCAGGCGCUGAGCCUGCAGCCCCAGUACAUCCACAUCUACAGCGCCAGCUGGGGCCCCGAGGACGAUGGCAGGACGGUGGACGGGCCCGGAGUCCUGGCUGCGGCCGCUUUCCACAGAGGAGUCAUCCAAGGACGGGGCGGGCUCGGCUCCAUCUUCAUCUGGGCCUCAGGCAACGGCGGCACCAACUACGACAACUGCAACUGCGACGGGUACACCAACAGCAUCUACACGGUGUCGGUGGGCAGCGUGCUGGGGGACGGGCACCGGCCCCUCUACAGCGAGAGCUGCCCUGCCAUCCUCACCACCACCUACAGCAGCAGGACCACCAGCAAGGUGCAGAUUGUGACCACUGACCUGCACCACCGCUGCACAGACAAACACACCGGCACCUCCGCCUCGGCCCCGCUGGCCGCAGGCAUGGUGGCCCUGGCACUGGAGGCCAACCCAGCCCUGACCUGGCGUGACCUGCAGCACCUGAUCAUCAGGGCCUCCAAACCCGCUCACCUGCAGGCAGAGGACUGGGCCGAGAACGGCGUCGGCCGCAGGGUGAGCCACUACUACGGCUACGGGCUGCUGGACGCGGGGCUGCUGGUGCAGGCGGCCACCACGUGGACGGGGACUCGGCCCCAGGAGAAGUGUUCGGUCCAGGCCGUGCAGGUCCCCAGGGACAUUGGGUCCAAGCUCACCAUCUCCACGGAUGUCUCCUCGUGCUCCAAGAGCAUCCGCUCCCUGGAGCACGUCCAGGUGCAGCUGUCCCUGAGCUACAGCCGCAGGGGGGACCUGGUGGUGGCUCUGAGCAGCCCCAUGGGGACCACGUCCACGCUGGUGACAGUGCGCCCCUACGACACCAGCCAGGAUGGCUACAAGGACUGGACCUUCAUGUCCACUCACUUCUGGGAUGAGAACCCCAAGGGGAUCUGGACCCUCCAGCUGGAGAACAGGGGUGAUGCCCAAAACACAGGCCAGCUGAACAGCUUCACCCUGCACCUGCAUGGCACGGAUGAGGACAUGCCAGCCAGGCGCUCCGCUGCCACCGCCACCGACGAGUGCCUCAGGAGGGACGAGCAGGGAGCCUGCCAGGACUGUGGCAGCUCCCUGUACACCCACCACGGCUCCUGCCUGUCCUACUGUCCCCCACGUUACUACGGCCGGGCGCGGCGUGCCACCCCUAGGGACACUGCCCUUGUGUGUGCCAGCUGCCACCCCUCCUGCUACACCUGCCAGGGCUCCUCGGCCAACAACUGCACGUCCUGUCCCUCCGGCCACACCUUCCAGGACGUCACCCACACGUGCCAGCAGCCCGCAGAGGACUCCCCCAGCCCGGCGGGGCUGCACAGGCACCUGGUGGUUGUCACUGUCGUCGCCUGCAGCAGCCUGCUUGUGGCAGGGGUGCUGUACCCCACCUACCGCGUGGCUUUCCGUGUUGGCAAAGGAGCUCCGUGCUGUCCCCGGGUCAGGAGGACAGAGUGACGCCAGCCUGGGCUGCCGCAGGGACAGAGCAGGGAUCGUGCCUGCCUCCCGAAAUAAACCGGUUGUUGUCUUUCCA